UAUAGAUAUUGAGGCGUUUUUCAGUGCAAAAUGGCCGCUACCAUAUAAUAACUCCAGAGUUCCAAUAGGACAAGAUCCCGGUCACUAACGGGAACCGCACUACAGCAUCUGUUUUCCUUUCCCGGCAAUGUCCGACGACGUCGACGGCGAAGCCUUCCGGACCUUUCGUUCCCUUAUCGAGAGCGCCGACCGGAAGUUCGCACGAGUCCGCGACCUGCCUCCGUACGGUCGCGGCCCCCUCUACAUCGUCUACUACCGCAAAGUCUUCAAGACCUACACUCGUCUCUGGAGGUUCCAGCAGGAGCAUCGCCGGGAGCUCGUUGCCGCCGGCCUUAGGCGGUGGGAGAUUGGCGAGAUCGCCUCGCGAAUCGGCCAGCUCUACUAUGGUCAGUACCAGCGAACCAGUGAGGCGAGGUUCCUCCUCGAGUCUUACAUCUUCUACGAGGCUAUACUCAGUCGCAGGUACUUCGAGCCACCGUUGGCCACGGGGGCGGAUCUAGGGCUGAGGUUCAAGGAGCUGAGGUUCCACGCGAGGUUCCUACUUGUGGCGAUGCUGCUUAAUAGGAAGGAUGUGGUUAUGACUUUGGCUGAGAGGUUUAGGGCUUUGGUUGAGAACAGCAAAUCAGUUUUCCGGGAGACUAGUUUUAAAGAAUGGAAGCAAGUGCUGCAAGAAAUUUUCAGGUUUUUGAAAGCUGAUACAUCGUUUACAAAUACAAGGCCUCUGAGAUACAGUUUAUUGUUUGAUGCCCAUCCUUCUUCGCUUCCAUAUAUUGCACGCUUACACAAACGAAGAGUGUUAAAGCUUCAAGAUGCUUUGCUAACAAGCUAUCGGAGAACUGAGAUCAAAAUCACAGAGCUUACUCUUGACGCUUACAGAAUGAUCCAGUGUUUGGAGUGGGAGCCCAGCGGUUCAUUCUACCAAGUGGCUACUACAGAAUCAAGCGAUAAUGGGGCUUGUAGUGAUCAAAGUGGUGCAUCUGGGUUGAUUGAUAUCAACCUGUUUGCAGAUAUGACGGAUCCAUCUUUACCCCCGAAUCCUCGCAAAGCUGUUAUUUAUCAUCCUUCAGUCUCUCAUUUGAUGACGGUAGUUUCAACAAUCUGCGAAGAACUCUCUUCCGACAGCAUUUUGUUAAUAUAUGUCUCUGCAUCAGGAAAAGUAGAUCAGAUCAUUCCUUCUGAAAAGGAUUCCUCGCAAUUAAAGCCCAUUUCUCAAGAUUCCUACAAGAAUGGUAGUUCUUUCCGUCAAGCUCCCGGUCAUUCCUGGUUAAAUUCAAGUGAUUACCCUGGAAGUUUAUGUCUCGGUUCAAGAGGAAGUGGAGGGGUAAACAACCUAUUCCCAGAAGAUUUGAUACCUUUUACGCGGAAGCCCCUUUUCAUUAUUAUUGAUAGUGAAAAUAGCCAUUCAUUCAAGAAAAUUCAUGGUUCUGAAAGGGGGGAAGCAGCUGCCUUACUUCUUUCACCAAGGAGGCCUUCGUCAGUAUCUAAUGUUGAUGUUGAAGCUGCUGGAAGUCAGUUUACAUACUUUUUAACUGCUCCACUGCUGGCUUUUAUCCAAUUAGUGGGGCUUAAGUCAGACAUUGAUGUUGAUGUAUGUAGCAGUGCAGAGUCCAUACUUUCCUCCGCCAUAGCUGAGUGGGAAGUAAUUCUCUGCACGUCAGAAAGUCUGGAUCAGGUUUGGGCUCAAGUUCUGCCAGAUCCUUUUCUUAGGCGGCUGAUCCUUAGGUUUAUAUUCUGCCGGGCUGCACUUGCUCUCCUCUGCACACUUAGGAAGGACAAUGAGCGUUUACCUGUUUGCCUGCCGAGCCUCCCGGAGCCCGUCUCUCCCGAUUCGCCAUCAAUUCAAUGGCACAUUUUGAAGCUAGCAGAGACUCUUGGGGUUGUCAGCCAUUUUGAAUUUUCAGAGGCCCUCAACGACUCAGCUCACAGAUGAUGAUUAGUAUUAAAGAUACUCCCCACCUGUUGAUAGAUAGCAUCAUGUGAGAUCACGGACUUAGGCUUCGUUUGGGACGGUUUUCUUAUUGCUUCUCAAAUCAGUUUUUUAGUACAAAAAAAGUGCUUUAAAAAGCAAUAAAAAAGCCGUCCCAAACAAAGCCUUAUCUAUUUGUUCAUUAUUUAUGAUUCACAUGUGCUGCUGCUGGUUGAGAUGAAAGAAACCAACUGCUGUCAUGUCAUGAAGCCGGCUAUGAGAAUGGAUAAUUCUUCUACAUCGCUCAACAUGGCCUCUUCCUAAAGAAGCUUGUUUCAGAUAUGGAGGUCUUUACACACCAAAAAUUGUGCCAGAUUACCUGAAAUAAAUUAUAUUAGGAUGAACUAAAAAAUCAUCAAUGUCAAAAUAAAUUUGACAGUUUUUAAGCUCAUCCUGAUACAAUUUAUAUAAGAGUAUUCUGAUGCAAUUGUUUUUCCGCUCUCAAAUGUAGCAUUGUUGUUGUGUAAUUAUGUUGCAGGUGUUAAGAUAGGAAUUUGGUAAUUUCUUUGUGCCAUUAUUGAUUUGCUGAGUGUUGUAAAAUUCCUCAAUACUAUGUAAUCAGAGAAGUUAAAAAAAAAAAGUAUUAGAAAGUUUCAAGUUCUUUUCUCUCAA